UGCUCCCAGGCGGCUGCACUGGCUCCGAGGAGAAGGUGGAGGAGCUCCGCCGCGGGGUGAGUUCCCGGCCGCGCUGCUGCCUCGUGGACCCGGCCGGAGAACCGCUGCGGCAGAACAAACCUGGAGGCAGACCUGUAGGAGGCAAUGCUUGAAUAACUCUAAGACAGUGAAAAUGUCAGCCCUCAACUGGAAGCCCUUUGUGUAUGGAGGGCUGGCCUCCAUCACAGCAGAAUGCGGCACAUUUCCAAUUGAUUUAACUAAGACACGGCUUCAGAUUCAAGGCCAGACAAACGAUGCCAACUUCCGAGAGAUCAGGUACCGAGGCAUGCUGCACGCGCUCAUGAGGAUAGGCCGAGAAGAAGGCCUGAGGGCGCUGUAUUCAGGGAUUGCACCCGCAAUGCUGCGCCAGGCCUCCUAUGGAACCAUCAAGAUCGGCACGUACCAGAGCCUGAAGCGGUUAGCUGUGGACCGCCCAGAAGAUGAAACCCUGCUGGUCAAUGUUGUGUGUGGAAUUCUGUCUGGAGUCAUAUCCUCAGCUAUUGCUAAUCCGACUGAUGUUUUGAAAAUCCGAAUGCAAGCACAGAACAGCGCUGUCCAAGGAGGCAUGAUAGACAGCUUCAUUAGCAUUUACCAGCAGGAAGGGACCAGAGGACUGUGGAAGGGCGUGUCCCUCACAGCCCAGAGGGCAGCCAUUGUGGUCGGUGUGGAGCUUCCAGUCUAUGAUAUCACCAAGAAGCACCUGAUAUGCUCAGGCCUGAUGGGAGACACUGUUGCAACGCAUUUUCUCUCAAGCUUCACCUGUGGCCUGGUGGGGGCCUUGGCCUCAAACCCAGUCGAUGUUGUGAGAACUCGCAUGAUGAAUCAGAGAGUCCUUCGAGAUGGCAGGUGCAGGGGCUAUAAGGGUACCUUGGACUGUCUCUUGCAGACAUGGAAGAAUGAAGGGUUUUUUGCUCUAUAUAAAGGAUUUUGGCCAAAUUGGUUGCGCCUCGGUCCUUGGAAUAUCAUUUUCUUUUUGACUUACGAACAACUGAAGAAACUGGACUUGUGACCACACAAGUCAUUGUUCCGACAAACUGACUUCCUCGACAAUAGGCCCUCCUGAGCUUCUGGCUGCCUCUCACUGCACAGCUCAUCACUGCUUCUGGGAUGGGAGCAAUGGAUGGAGACCGGGUUCUUCAGAUUGCCAUGCGUUGGCCCUGGCUGCUUUCAUCUGCGUUCAGAGCCUAAAGCAUAAGAACACCCACUCACCGGUGGUUACCAUCAAAGUGCCCUUGACAUCCCAGAUAACUAAUGUACACAAUACAUCGUCCUUGCUGUAGAAAACCUGCAAGGAAAUCAGAACCGCAUGCUGCUUUCUUCCUGGAGAGCAGCCUCGCUGUCUCUGGGCUUCCGGCUAUGGACAUCGCCCCUCUGAGAAGGCUGAAGUUGGGGAGAGCUGUUAUCCCUCUACCAUCGGGAGCUUUAGUUUCCCGUCAGUGAGGAGAUUUUACGUUGGGACAGUUGUAGGAAGUACGUCUCUAGCAUACUGCACUGCUUCAUGGUUGCUGCUUGAGUAGAACCUUUCACUUACAGUAAGUAAGACUCGACCUUUGUGAGGUAGCACUAACCAUUUGCCCUAUGUUUUUUUUUUUUUAGCAGCAUUUAUUAUUUCCAUAUAUCAAAUGGGAAUAAUCAUGCUUUGUGAAGUAGGGGUUAAAUGAAGGGAAAACUGCAGAGGCAGCUGCGUGAUGGAUGAGUGUGCACACACCUAUCAGUUGGUCAACCAUAGGGCCCUCCUGGGCCUGGGGACCAAAAGCCUUUGUUAAAUAAAGAAUCUUACAGGUGAAGGUUUUUCAGUCGGCUAGUGAACUGAAGAGGCGAGGCUCCAGAGUUUUAGCCUUUACUUUAUCUUGAGGUGAGUUUAACAACCACCACCAACAACAGAAACCUUUAUCUGAGAUUUUCCUAGUUAACUUCCUUGAAAUUUAGUGGGAAAAUUAUUUUCUUCCUUCCUUUUUAAUUUUUGUGAUGUCAGGGCUAAACCCUGGUGCAUUCUGGGUAUCUUCCGCACACUGAUGUGGGCCUCUGGCCCACAUCGAUGGCCAGAGUGCCUGUUUAUCUCCAUUCUGAUAAGAGCUGUAUAACGUCCUCUACCUAGUGUUGUUUCUUCUGAAACUGUGAUGAAACCUCUUACCCUUUCAAAGCAAAAGCUGUCUCUAUCAGCACCAACAGCUUUCUAGAAGGGUGCCCAGUGCCUGCAGGUGGGCCCCGUGAAAACCUCAUUAGCGCUAAAGGAGGUUCUAAGCUGGAGCAAUGGCCAGUGCACUCCCGGGACCGAGUACUCCUUGAGGCAGAAGCAUGUAGAUUUUCUUUGAGGGUUGUGCGCUUUUUAUUCCAUACCUUUUCAAUCUGGCUUUUGAAAUUAAUGGUUCCUUUGAAAAACAGUUUGCGACGCAGAAUUUUGUUUCUAAAAGUAAAAGCUAAGACGAAGUCCUCACAGGGCCAACGGUGGCUCAAAGACAAUUCCCUCGCACGCCAUUAGAUGGCAGUAGAGGAUCUGAGCGGCUGCCGACCUGGCUCCUAGCAUUGAGUUAGAAACUUUUAUUUUUACUCUGACCUGAACAUUCCGUUGAAAUGAUAGACUCCGGAGUCUUUCUCUCUAGUCGAAAGGAUUGACUUUUUUCAAACAACUUUUUAACAUACAAAAAAGAAUCUUUUUUUAUUAAAAUUCUUUUCUUUAUCCUU